CAAUAUCCUUAUCCCCAACAAAACAAUCAUCAUCCAUUUCUACGAAACCAAAACAAAAACACACACACAUACCUGCAACAAAAUGCUGACACUCUCCUCAACAUCCGCCAUUGUCACCACAACCCCCAAAACCACCUUCACUUCUUCAAAAAUCUUAACCAACACCCACAACAAAUCUUCCUUCAAUGGCAUCCGCAUUUCUUAUAAUCCCACCGUUUCUUUAACAACUUCAAGAAAACAACCAGGUGCAGGUGCAGGAGGAGUACUUAUGAUGGCCAAAAGAGAAGAAGAAUUGAAAGAAAUAAGGACUAAAACUACUGAAGAAAUCAAUGAUGAAAUUGUUGAUUUGAAAGGUGAAUUGUUCAUGCUUCGUCUUCAAAGGUCUGCCAGAAAUGAGUUCAAGUCCAGUGAGUUUCGCAGAAUGCGUAAACGGGUUGCUCGUAUGCUGACUGUCAAAAGAGAAAGGGAAAUUGAUGAUGGUAUUGGGAAGAGGCUGUCUAGGAAGCUCGACAAAAAAUGGAGAAAAAGCAUUGUACCAAGACCACCUCCAUCUUUAAAGAAGUUACAAGAAGAAGAGGCUGCCGAAGAAGCUAAGGAAUCUGCAUCAGCAUAAGUAAUUGAACCCACUAGUCAAAUGUAAGUGUCUCCUCCUUUGUUAGUUUUGAUUAUCGAGAUUGCACUUGUAGCCGGUUUUGUAUCAGUUAAACCUUCACAAAUAUAAUGUAUCAAUCUAUGAAUUACCCCUCAUGAUUUACCUUCA